AUGGAGAUCUUAAAUGAUGUAAUAAGAGAAGAUGAAAAAAUUACAGAAAUUAAAAUAAAGAAGGACCAUUUCAAAUUAAAAGCAUAUGCAGACGAUUUAGUCAUUUCAUUGUCAAAACCAUUAGAGGAUAUUCAACAUCUCAUAGAUAUUUUUGAACAAUUUGGUUCACUUUCAGGAUUAAAAAGGCUUCUCCAAAACCCUGUGAAAAUAACCAUUGGGGAGAAGAACCUGCCAUGUUCCAAUGUUUGCCAGAUCAUUCUGUGGGUAGAAGAACCUUCAAAAAAGAAAAAGCUGUUUGAAAUACUAAAUGAUAAGAAACUUUUCAAGCCCCAGCUGGUAUUUGUGGAGUGUAAAUUGGGUGCAGAUCUUCUGAGUGAUGCUGUUCAUAAAAUCACUGGUUUACAGACAAUAUCCAUGCAUGCUGAUAAAUCACAGAUAGAAAGAACUACAAUAUUACAGGGAUUAUUCCAAGAGAAGUAUGAAGUUGUAGUAAGCACUGGAGUCCUUGGACAUGGACUUGACCUUGUCAACGUUAAGCUGGUGGUAAAUUUUGACAUGCCAUCUAGUAUGGAUGAAUAUGUACACCAGGUUGGAAGAGCAGGUCGGCUUGGUCACAAUGGAACGGCAAUUACCUUCAUUAAUAACAACAGCAAGAAACUGUUCUGGGAUGUUGUGAAGCGAGUGAAACCUACUGGCACUAUUCUCCCACCCCAGUUAUUAAACUCCCCAUAUCUACAUGACCAAAAAAGAAGAGAACAGCAGAGAAAUAAACAGUCUCAGAAGGGACUUGUAACUGGUGACAACCUUAUGGACAUUAUCAGAAAACAUGACAAGAGCACUUUUCAGAAAUAAGGAGCUAUGUUGUAUUUGUAAAUAUAA